CCCCCUCACGGAGGCCUCACCUUCACCUUCCACACAAGAUCUUCUCUUUGCCUCUCUCUCUCUUUAAUCAUUCACCACAACGACGAUUGAUUUCUUCAGGUAAUCUUUUUCAAUCACGUAUUCAAAUUUAAAUUCGUCUUGUCGAACCCUAAUUCUCGAUUACGAUUUCACAUCUCUCUAAUUCUAAUCCUAACCCUCGAUUACAAUCUACAUCUCUCUCUCUACAUUCAUCAAUUCCAGCCUCUUCUUUUUUUUUUUUAUCCAAAAAAGUCGACAAAUUUUCACACACUUUCGAAUUGCAAGCAUCAGAUUACCUUUUCCGAAAUUUGAGAGGUUAGAGUGAGAGACGAGAAAUUGAACGAUUAUGACCGGAUUCUUGCAUCUUCCAAAAAUUUGAAGAUCAAGCUGGUGAUAACUGAUACUAAUGGCUUGGUGAUUGCUUUUGGGAGGAGUCCAUGAGAACUUAUGGCUAAUCGUAAAGAAAGAGAAAGUCAGUUUACACUCUGUUGAAUUUUUAGUUACGAUGUGGACCUCGGCUUCAAGUACCCUUGCAGGCUGUGUGAAGUUGAAGAAAGAUAUUUUAAAUACUAAUUCAGAGUGCUCAGAUGAUGAUGCAUCUCUUGACACCAAUCGUGAGGAAGGCUUGGAAUGCCCGAUAUGCUGGGAGUCCUUCAAUCUCGUUGAGAAUGUUCCCUAUGUGCUAUGGUGUGGUCACACUCUGUGCAAGAACUGUGUCCUGGGACUCCCAUGGGCUGCUCUGAAAUUCCCCACUCUCCCCAUCCAGCUUCCGUUCUUCGUCUCUUGCCCGUGGUGCAAUUUACUCUCUCCUCGAAUGAUGUACAAAGGCGCUAUUAGGUUCCCUAGGAAGAAUUACUUCAUCCUAUGGAUGGUUGAGAGUAUGAAUGGUGAUAGGACUAGGUCUUGUGCAUCUAGCCAUGGGGAAAAUCGUCAAUCGGGUUCCUUGAGUGGAAAUACUGGUAUGACUGCCCAAUCACAUGCUAGAAACCAUCAGGAAAUUGCUCAAUCACGAGAGGGGACAGAACAUAAUCAUAAUAACGUGAGCUUUGUACGUCACUACUUCAAUAGAGAGAGAGUCAACAUGUCUCUUCGUAAGUCCCUGGCAUUCGUAGUGCACUUGACCGCUAAAUUUCCCCUUGUGGUGAUAUUCCUUCUUGUCACCCUUUAUGCAAUACCAGCUAGUGCCGCCAUCUUGGCCUUGUAUCUUCUCAUUACUGUUUUGUUUGCCUUCCCGUCUUUCCUCGUGCUUUACUUUGCAUACCCCAGCUUGGAUUGGUUAGUUAGAGAAAUUCUCACUUGAAGAGCUCCCUCCCGCAUUUUAUCAGCUAAAAAUAGCACUUGCCCUUUCUGCAAGUCCUCAAUUUGCCGACUACCCCUUUCUUCAGAGUGGCCUUGAAGUUUUUGCUUUCUGAUGCAGAAUGAUAAUGAAAUAUUCUGUGCAGGAAACCUGUGUCUUCUGGACAGUUGUGAGUAGGUUUAGGUCUUGGUACCUUCAAACAGGUAUUAGCGCCAGCCGCCAGUAGAACCUUUGUCAUGCUGAGCUCUGACAUAUUGCAAUGUGCAAUAUGUACAAUGUUGCCUUGUGAUCUGCCAACAUAUUCUGGUGUCUAUAAGUCUAUAUCCAUUAUCCACAACUGCUAUCUUGCUGGCCUUAUCAGUCCCAUAAUGUAAAUUAUGAUGGUAUUUGAUCUUUUUUCAUCCGGUCACUCAUCUAAGACAGUUUAAGGAAUUAUUACGUUAGUAAUUAGACUUAUUACUUUUCUAGGGCCGUUGUAUUAAAAUAGUGGUUUCUUAUGUAGAACUGUAACUUGGCUAUAUUUGGUUUUAUAUAUAUGCUUGUGUUUCCGGGUUUUCA